AGGAACUGAUCCAUUGAAGAGGCAAAGAAAGCCAGAUGCUGUGCCGUCAGUUUUCCCAGGGAGUGGAUACAGGGAUACUGACCAUGCAAGAAGUGAAAGGAGAGCUGCUCGCAAUUGCCGUACGAUGGAGGAAAAGGGUGAAACAGAAGAGGUCUUUAUGGAAUGUGACGAUGCUGACGUUUCGAAUGUCUCAAGCUUUUGUACCAUAGAGACAAUGGAUAAUGACAUAGCAGCAUCAGCUCGAAUUAAUGAUCUUCAUGUCCAACAGAGUGAAGAUGUAAGCCUCAAAGAGGCAUCAUGUCAAACUCUCCCAACACCCAUGAUGUCUAUUGAAAAUUUCUUUCAUGACAGCGAGGGUUUAAUGUUUUACACUGGCCUUGCUUCUUACACAGAUUUUCUUUUUGUACUGCAUUGUUUAGGUGAAGCUGCCUAUCAUCUCAGAUAUUUGUAUAACCAAGUUCAAAAUUUAUCAGUUGAAAACCAACUUUUUCUAACUUUGAUCAAAUUAAGACAGAACAAACCCAACUUUGAAUUAAGUCGCUUAUUUGGCAUAUCACAAACAACUGUAGAUAACAUUUGGAUUACAUGGGUUAACUUCAUGGCAAGACAAUUUCAAGAAAUAAAUUUCUGGCCUGACAGAGACACCGUCACUUUCUUUUCACCCUGCGACUUCUUUCAAAAAUUUCCCUCAACAAGAGUUAUAAUUGAUGGGACCGAGAUCCCAGUGAAAAAACCCAAACCCCCUGUUGCACAACAGUCAACCUUUUCUACUUACAAAAACAGAAACACUGUUAAAGUGCUUGUUGGUGCCACACCUGGAGGACUUGUAUCAUACAUUUCUCCAGCAUAUGGGAGGUCUACCAGUGGUAGGCAAGUCGUUGAACGUAGCUCUCUUAUUAACAUAUGCGACCCUGGGGAUAAAUGUCAGAUAAAGGAUUCAAUGUCCAGGAUCUCUUUGCACCAAAGGAUGUAAAGGUUAACAUUCCGACAUUUUUUAAAAAGCAAAAUCGUAUGUCAAAUAAGAUUGUUUUAAGAGACAGAAAUAUUUCGAGUAAGCGAGUGCAUAUUGAGAGGUUGAUUGGACUUGCUAAAACAUUCAAAAUUUUAAAAGGACCUCUUAACUCUACAGAGACAAAAUUAGCUAGUGAAAUUUCUUUUGUUUGUUUCAUUCUGUGCAAUUUUCGAAAGUGCAUUGUUCCUAGACAUGCUUAAGGAAAUUGUUAGCCAUGAUUAUCAAAAUUGGUUGUCACAGUAAUGUUUAUUGGCCAUAUUUAUGUAUAUGGAGCAUGUUUAUAUAUAUAUCCUGUAUAUAUACAGGACUUUAUCUUUAUAAUACUGUACAAGUUCAAAGAUUAGAAUAAAAUAGACUAAGAUAUGUA